AUGAAACUCUUCCUCACUACAUCAUUGUUGCUUUCCACCUUGGUUUCGUGCCAGUGGUACCCUCAAGACCAAAAAUCCGAGAUCCCAAUCGAAUUCCAGGGAUACGAAACUGGACAGGAGAUCUACUUGGAGUGCAUCCAAAGAAAUAUAGAUAACGGUGAACAUAAAUUCGACGAGAAGGAUCGAAUCAUAUAUGCACCCUUCCCCAAAUGUAAGGAAACAGGAAGUGCAUUGGCUUUGAAGUAUGGUGUUAGCGAAGACAUAAACUGUACGAUUGCGUUUACCGAUGAGCUCUAUCAUUUGUUUCAGCUCUACAUCCACGAAGAUGCUCCAUUCAGUUGCAGAAUCCCCAUCAGUGGUGAGAAGGACUACAUCAGAAGAGGUGGAGCCUUCAUCCCCUUAACUUUUAACUUCAGAGGGGAAAUCCACGACUCUCAUCUUGAUAUUGACGACUCCAUCAACCUUGUCGCAAUUGGAGCUCCUAUAAAUGACAAGGAAGGUACAGUAGUGAGCGCCAUUGCUUGGUCCUCAGGAACGAAUGCCACUCGUAUUGUUAUUGGAGACUAUCUCACGCUCAACCUUGGAAUCCGCUGGCUAAGUGGAGUCUCGCCAUAUGGGGGAUCCUCCAAGGAAGCAUUGAAGAAUGCAGCACUUCCCUUUGCUGAUGGCUUUUAUAAACUCCCCAAAUCCUUCAUGAGUUUCAGUACCGAGCAGUGGUACAUCUCAAUGUUAUUUGCUGGUUUGACUGGUGCAGUGGUGAUGUACCUUUUCACCUAUUUCACCAAGACAAACCGUGCGAAGCAACACAAGUGGGUGGAUCCAGAGGUGGGAUUCACGAAGAAUGACUAA